AUGGACCAGUGGAUCGAGCCCUUCAUCGACACGUCCAAGUGGGAGACCUUCGAUCUCAGUUGCGCGGCGCGCGACGCGUCCGACGACCAGGAGCUCCGCGACGCCGUCGAGGCGGGCAAGCGCCUCGGCGCGAUCUUCAAGGAGCCGACGGUGACGCCGUCCGCGGAGCAGGUCGCGUCCAUGGGCCUGUCCAAGGCCCUGCCGAGUCCCAACGGGGCCAUGCGCCGGGGCUGGGACGGCGUGACCAUCUCGCGGGACACGAUCCACAUCGAGGGCGUCGAGCUCGGCUUCAAGUCGCCCGUGCUCUUCGAGCGCCACGCGGUCGGCGGCGAGUACGGCGCCGGGUGGAAGGAGGUGGGCAAGGGCCGCCUCAUCACGACCUUCUUCCCCGAGGACGACGACGUCGAGCCCUUCAUCGUCGACGCGCGCAAGCUCGAGAACGACCGCAACGUCGCCGUCGUCUACCACAACCCGCUGGACAACGUCGCGGCGCUCGCGGACCACUUCUUCAGCCGGACGUUGAAGGCGGGCGUCACGCCCUACGUCGUCACGAAGAAGACGGUCUUCAAGUGGCAGGAGCCCUUCUGGCAGAUCCACAAGGAGCUCUUCGACGCCAAGUACGCGGACGCGUUCCGCGAGGCCCGGGGCAGCACAAGAGAGCGAAAUUCCCAACUUCAAAGGCUCCGAUCUCGGCCGUUUUCCACUCGCGAGGCGGGGCUGCUCGACGCGACGGGCGGCGAGCUCCAGCACCUCAUCUCGGACGCGGCGACGAUGCAGAUCAUCCGCUGGACGCGCGGCGGCUUCGGCAUGUCGGCCCACAACUACGACGGCGACAUGCUCACGGACGAGGUCGCCCAGGUGCACCGGUCCCCGGGCUUCAUCACGUCGAACCUCGUGGGCCGCAACGACGACGGCACGCUCAUCAAGGAGUUCGAGGCGUCCCACGGGACCGUGUCCGAUUUGUGGCACGCCCACCUCCGCGGCGAGGCGACGUCCUUCAACCCCCUGGGCAUGGCCGAGGCCAUCAUGGGCGCGCUGGCCCACGCCGCUGACCUCGACGGCGACACGGAGACCGCGCGGCGCACGCACCACUUCGUCGCCACGCUCCGCCGCGCGAUGCACAACACCUUUGUGUACGGCCAGGGCACCUGGGACAUGGCCGGGCCCGACGGGCUGACGACGGAGGAGUUCGUGGCCAAGGUCGCGUGGCGCGUCGGCCGCUACUUGGAGGCCGAGGACGACGCGGAGACCGCGGACCCGGCCGCGGCGAAGCCGUCCGUGCUCCUCCGCCGCGGCGCCAAGCAGGUCGACGUGGACAAGGUCUCGGCCAUGUUCGCCGAGUUCGACGUCGACGGCUCCGGGUCCAUCUCGCUGGAGGAGUUCUCGGAGAUGAUGAUCAAGCUCGGCCUCGCGCCCAUGAAGGAGCCGGAGAAGACGUCCGCGUCCCGCGCGAAGAUCGACGAGGCGGCCUAGGGGUGCGCGCCCCCGUACAUAUAAGCAUAAUCCGUCG